AUGGCUGCUUCGAGAGACUACCCGUCUCCAUCAACCGCAACCUCUGGUCUGACCUUGCCCUCAACAUGUGAUCCUCCCGGAGAGGACAACCCUCCCGUCCAGAAAACAUGGAUUGUCUUCGGUGCUACUGGCCAUAUGGGCCGCUCCAUCGUCAAGACGUGUCUCUCUCAUGGCGACAAGGUCACUGCUGUUGGCCGUGUUGGCGAGCACACGCUUGAGCAGAUGCAAGGCUGGCACGACUCUUGUCUCGGCCUCUUGUGCGAUGUGAGAGUAUCUAAAACAGUCGACUCUGUCAUUCAGAACACAAUUCGCCAUUUCGGCGCCGUGGACGUCAUUGUCAACUGCACUGGUUACGGCGUCAUUGGGGCCUGUGAAGACCAAGAUGUUUGCGAUCUUCGUGCACAAUUCGAGACAAACUUCUUCGGCUGUCUCAACAUUGUCCAGCAGUCUCUUCCCUACUUUCGGAAACGCAACGCAGGCCGAUAUCUCAUUUUUUCUUCAACCUCCGGCGCACUCGGUGUCCCGGGCCUCGGUCCCUAUUGCGCAACCAAAUAUGCCGUCGAAGGGUUGAUUGAAAGCUUGCUCUACGAAGUCGAUGCUUUCAACAUCAAGGCCACCCUCGUCGCCCCAGGUCAUCUCCGUCUCGACGAACCCACGGGACUGGAUGACAAGGGUUCGGACUCAGCUGACAAGAGCCGCCUGCCAACCUAUGGCCAUUUCCUGGUCAAGUCGCCGUCUCAGCCUUACGAGAGCCAGAAUGCUCCUGCCGCUCACGCCAAGCGGGUGGUGCAAUGGCUCAGCAACAAGCAGCCCACCAGUGCUGUCAAGAGCGCCGAACUUACCUGGCAAUUAGGUCAUUGUUCAUUUCCACCAUUGCGCCUACUAUUGGGUAGUUUCGCUGUUGAGAGUAUCCGCGAUCGAUUGCGCUGCAUCAUAGAGGAGAUCGAAGAUUGGAAACAUCUAAGCUUUCCUCGCGCCGAUGAGAGAGACCAGCAGACACCGCAACCUGCAGGGGAAGACUCGACGUCACAGCACCAACUGACACCGGGCGAUGAAAUUGCUGAAGUCGCAGAUGGGGACAUGGAAAUCGACGAAGGCUAA